AGCGGGCGGUGAUAUUGAUCUGCGCGCCGUGCUCUCCCCACACCGCCACCAGCCUCCCGCGCAGCUUCAUGUAAACACCACCAGCUGAUACAGGAGCCAGGUCGACCCGUCCACGCUAAACAUUCCCCGUUGCUCCUCAUAUCAGACACCCAGCGGCUCCUACACUCACCUACACCUCGUACAAAAGAACAUGGGGAAGGCGUGGCAUCUCUGACGACGCUAAAAUACCUUCAGGAGCUUAUCAGUGACCCCAAACUCUCGACACUUCUUCUCCUUCGUCAGUAGAAUACGUUAAAGGGACCUGUUUCGUGUUUAUUGAAGGGACAGGUACCGGUGAAGUGAGAAGAAUGUUCCACACACGUUAAGGAAGGACCAGCUGGCGUUCUCAGUGUUAUGUCGUGAAGCAGUGACGCAUUCAGUGCCUUAGGAGGAUACGAAGAGUACACAUGGUAGUUACUGAUGAAAACCAAAGCGAUACGGAGAUAAGAAAAAGAAAGUGACGAGAUAAACAAGAAGUAAGGGUAAAUAAGCGAUUUAAAAGUGAUAAAACGAGAAAACAAAAAAAAAAAAACACUUGAGAAAAGAAACUACACGAAUAAUUGACAAACACAAACAAAAAUAACGAAGGAAAUAACAAAACACCGCUUUUGUUAUAAAGAAGAGUGCAUGAACGUACCAAAAUAAAACUCGAAAACAAGAAAAAACACUCGAGACAAACAAAACAAAACAAAAACACACCAAAAAAAAAGCGAAAAUAAAAACAAACUAAACAAAAAAAAAAAUCUUGAGGCACAAAACGUCUUAGAAAUAAAAGAAGACAAAAAAAAAGGCGACGAAAAAUAAAUAAACAAACAAAUAAACAACAAUAUCAAUCUUUUCUUUGAGUCGCGUUCGUAAGGCCGUCGCGGUGAAGAUCGAGGUGGAAGCAGAUGCCAGGAUGAGGCGGCAGAAUGUUCGGACUUUAUCGUUAGUGGUGUGCACCUUCACCUAUCUCCUCAUUGGCGCAGCGGUGUUCGAUGCCCUGGAGUCUGACGCGGAGGCGGAGAGGCUGCGUGUCAUUGAGUAUGUCAGGGGCCACCUUCUGCAGCAGUACAACAUCUCGGGCGCGGAGUACAAGCUGAUAGAGACUGUGAUCAUCGAGAACCAGCCACACAAAGCAGGCCAGCAGUGGAAGUUUGCAGGCGCGCUGUACUUCGUGACGGUGGUGGUGGCCAUGAUAGGUUACGGGCACUCCACGCCGGAGACGAUAGGCGGCAAGGCGUUCUGCAUCGUGUACGCCGUGGUGGGCAUCCCGCUGGGCAUGGUGAUGUUCCAGUCCAUUGGUGAAAGGCUUAACAAAUUUACCUCGGUCAUUAUAAAGAAGAUGAAGAAGAUGCUGGGGUGCGCCACAACGGAAGCGACGGACGUGAAUCAGCUGUUCGUGACGGGCACCCUGUCCUCCAUCGUGAUGACCGCCGGGGCCGCUGUCUUCUCCCACUACGAGAACUGGAACUACAUCGACGCCUUCUACUACUGCUUCAUCACCCUCACCACCAUCGGUUUUGGGGACUUCGUGGCUCUGCAGAAGGACAACGCGCUCACCACCAAGCCGGGCUACGUGGUGCUGUCCCUUGUGUUCAUCUUGUUCGGCCUGACGGUGGUGGCCGCCUCUAUCAACCUGCUGGUGCUGCGCUUCAUGACCAUGAACACCGAGGACGUGAAGGCGGGAGACUACGAGAUGCAGGACGCCUCUCGUUCGGUCAUCACCCUGGACGGGGAGCUUAUGGCCAUCAAUGGGAAGCUGCUGGCGGGGACUCCUGACGCAGAGAUCAACAUGGACGGCAACCUUGGCUCCUACACCAGCGUGGCCACCGUCUGCUCCUGCACCUGCUAUCCGCGCCCGCACCACAGCCCCACGGAGAGCAGGCACAGGUCCCCGUCACGCAUCUCACACCUCCUCGUGGACCAGGUGGGCACAAGCAAGGUGAUGCCCCCAGGUAGUGAACAAUUCCCGCCCCUCCUUCACGACUCCUUCAUGGUCGCCAACUACCUCAGGAUGAAACGCUCGUCUGUAUAGGUUAGCAAGGGACGUAACGAGGGGAUGGUGAUUAAGAAUGGCUGUUUAAACUAUAUUUCCGUCUGUUCGUUUCUCUCUCUCUCUCUCUCUCUCUCUCCUCUCUCUCUCUCUCUCUCUCGUAAGGAAAGGUUAAAAGGCAAAAAAUGAACUAGGAAUUUAUCUUCGUUGAUUAUUUAUUAAGCAGAAGUUUAUGUAGAGUGACUUACGUAACUAACUUGUGCCAAAAAUACGUAUUACUUAGAACAAUACUUAACGAACACAAAUGCUGUAAAAGUAAAGAAACCUAUUUAAAGUAUAUUGUAUUCAAGCUAUAGAAUUUUUUUUUUCUGUAUAUAUGUAUAGUCUCUCUCUCUCUCUCUCUCUCUCUCUCUCUCUCUCUCUCCUCUCUCUCUCUCUCUCUCUCGUUCCUACAGAUGUAAAAAGGGAAGCAGAAAGGACACAGGAUAAAAAGAGGAAAGAAAAGAAAUACUAUGAAUAAAAAAAAUGUAAGAUAGAAAAGACAAGAGAAAAAUCGAUUAUGGUGAAGAUUCGAUAACACACACACACACACACACACACACACACACAAAGGGAUGUAUCUUUUUCCACACAUGAGAACAUCUAUACAUAAACAUACUUCCAACUUCAAAAAUAAUAACAAUAAGUAUUUCACAAAAGUAUUUACCACAACGUAUUACUUGCAUAUCUUCAGACUACAAGAAUUAUUACAAGUUAACUAUACAAGCUCACUAACUAUACAUUACUUCAUACAAUAUUAUCUACGCCCGUUUUCUGUGGCACUAGUAUGUAAAUAUAUCACUAUUUUGUUAUGACCUGACCAACUAACGAAAUAACAAAGUAUAUCCUUCAA